UACAGUAAUCUGAUUUUCUCUCUCUACAGAGUCGAAAAUUACCCUAAAUAUUGUUGUCUCUAACCUGAUCGCGAUGUCCCUAUCGGGAUUUGACAGGAACUCAGGUCCAAGAGUUCUUGCUAUGGCCCCAUUUGACCACUUCUCUCGAGCCCCUUCCCCAACUGCACCUCCCUCCGCUUCUCCGAUCCAGCCAUCUCCCAGGGAACUGUUGUCUCCAAAGAGAACACAUUCACCACAUUUGGUUUUCAAUAACAACCACUCUAUUGUGGGUCCUUACCCUUCUGAAGGAGUCUACAUGCCUAUUGAAUCUCGUCCUCAAUGGCAUAAUGAGCAAAAGUCUUUCUUCAACGGUUAUAAUACCCAAACUUAUCAAAGGCCUCCUGCAGUUGCUUCUUUUGAUGCUUCACAUAAUUCUGGAGCUGGCAUUUCAUCAAGGAUUGCCCAGUUUCAAGACCACAAAAGAUCCCGAUCGCCUCCUUUACUGUCUACUAAUGAAAAUAAUUUGAGGAAUUCCAGAAAUAUCACCACAAGGCCUAUUGAAUCUCGUCCUCAAUGGCAUAAUGAGCAAAAAUCUUUCUUCAACGAUUAUAAUACCCAAACUUAUCAAAGGCCUCCUGCAGUUACUUCUUUUGAUGCUUCACAUAAUUCUGGAGCUGGCAUUUCAUCAAGGAUUGCCCAGUUUCAAGACCACAAAAGAUCCAGAUCGCCUCCUUUACUGUCUACUGAUGAAAAUAAUCUGAAGAAUUCCAGAAAUAUCACCACAAGGCCUGCUUUAUCUGAUCCUCUAUGGGGUAAUCAGCCAAAUAUACCAGGCGGCUUCCGAGCUAUCAAAAGAACUAGGUCACCUCCUUCCCACUCUGCUGAUCAAGUCAUUUUUGAGAAUUCCAAUUCAGUCCAAGAUGAUGAUGAACGAGAAUUGCAAGCCAAAGCAAAGAGAAUGGCCCGUUUCAAGGUCGAACUAAGCCAACCAUUGCAAAGCUCUCCUGGUAAUGGAAACCAGAAAUUCUCUACGAAUAGACCUGAUUGGACUAUGGGAAGGCAAAAAUUAAUGGAGGAACAUUCUGCCGAUAUGGUGGGGGAUCUCUCCAGUGGCAAUGCUUUAUCUGAUCUGGAAGCAGCAGAGUCAUCCAAUAUUAUAACUGGAUUAUGUCCUGAUAUGUGUCCAGAGCGAGAAAGAGCUGAACGAGAGAGGAAAGGAGAUCUUGACCAGUAUGAACGCUUGGAAGGGGACAGAAACCAGACCAGCAGCUCCCUUGCGGUUAAGAAGUAUAAUAGGACAGCAGCGAGGGAAGCAGAGUUGAUACGACCCAUGCCGGUCCUGCAGAUGACAAUUGAUUAUCUUCUAAAUUUGCUAGAUCAGCAUUACAGUGACAGGUUUCUUGGCUUGUAUAACUUCCUGUGGGAUAGGAUGAGGGCGAUUCGGAUGGACCUGAGGAUGCAACACAUUUUUGAUGUGGGGGCUAUUACUAUGCUAGAGCAAAUGAUAAGACUUCACAUAGUUGCCAUGCAUGAAUUGUGUGAAUACACAAAAGGAGAAGGGUUUUCGGAGGGUUUCGAUGCACACCUCAACAUUGAACAGAUGAACAAGGCAUUAGUUGAAUUGUUCCAAUUGUAUGAUGAUCACAGGAAGAAAGGAAUAAAGGUGCCAAGUGAAAGAGAAUUUCGAGGUUAUUAUGCACUUCUCAAACUGGACAAGCAUCCUGGCUACAAAGUUGAACCUGCUGAGCUCUCUCUUGAACUUUCCAAGAUGACACCAGAGAUUAGACGAACACCAGAAGUGUUAUUUGCCCGUGAUGUAGCAAGAGCUUGUAGAACGGGUAAUUUCAUAGCCUUCUUUCGGCUUGCAAGGAAAGCGAGUUACCUUCAAGCAUGCCUAAUGCAUGCUCACUUUGCGAAGUUACGAACCCAUGCACUUGCAUCCUUACAUUGUGGUCUACAGAACAACAAAGGUAUCCCUGUGGCCCAUGUUGCCAAAUGGCUUGGAAUGGAGGAAGAAGACAUAGAAAACCUUUUGGAAUAUCAUGGGUUCAUGAUAAAGGAAUUUGAAGAGCCAUACAUGCUGAAAGAAGGUCCAUUUCUGAAUGUUGACAAUGACUUUCCUGUGAAGCUAUCAAAACUUGUUGAUCUGAAAAAGUCGAGAAGGAUAGUUGAGGAUGUAUCGGUAUCAUUGUCUACUGAAGAAGUGAAAGAGCUCCGCUUGACUAAGAUCUAUGAGGAGAAACCUACACCAGUUCAACUUGUUGAGACAGGAAGUUCGGCCCUGGCCAUUGAUGAGGAAAUGCCUGAUUAUGAAGCUAUCUCAUCCCCAAAAGAUGCCACACAAGUGAGGCCGAUGCUCAAAAAACCAUUAUUUACUCAACAGAAUGGAGACAAUAGCUGUCCAGUGGCUUCUGUGAGUCCUUUGUCAUGGGAACUUCCCUUUGUUCAUAAUUCCCCUAAAUCUCAGCAAACUAAAGUUGGGACCCUGGAGAAACCCCCCAAUUUUGAUACACGUUUCAGAAACUCCUUUGAGAAAAACAUACAUUCUGAGACAAAAGCAAUGCCAUUGCAUAAUAUUUUUGGAAGUGUUGGUGAAGGGAGACUUUCAACUUCUCAAACUGAUUCUCCUACGGGUAAUAUAGCACCGCAAACUAAGUUUGCUGAAGACUUCGAUGAUGAAGAGCGUACAGAUAUUACAGAUAUACACCAAGAAGUUGAAAAUGAUGUUAGGAGUUAUAAUGAUGAAGAAGUUGCUGAGGCAAGACUAAAACUAAUCUUAAGAAUAUGGAGGCGGCACUCUUCAAAGAAAAGGCAGUUACGUGAGCUAAGGCAGUUAGCAGCAAAUGCUGCAUUAAAUUCCCUCUCAUUGGGUCCACCAAUUCGACAUAGGAAAGAUGAACCAAGCAUGUUUGGCGAGUUCGACAUUGAUCGAGUUAUGAGUCAGAGAUACCAAAAACAUGAAAGAUCAUGGUCAAGGCUCAAUGUUUCAGAGGUGAUAGCGGGCGAGCUUGGUAGAAAGAACCCGGAAGCGAAAUGCCAUUGCUGGAAAAUUGUUUUGUGUUCUCAGAUGGACAACCCAGUGGGAGAGAAACUGGGACAAUGGAGCCAAGCUACCCCUUUAGCACCACACCCGUGGUUGCUUUCUAAGCUUAUGCCGACUGGAAAAGACGACGACGAUCUUGUAAUUUCGUCCCCUGGUCUGUCAGUAUGGAAGAAGUGGAUUCCUUGCCAAUCUGGUGGCAACCUCACCUGCUGUUUGUCAAUCAUCAAGGAUACAAAAACUGAUUAUCUGAGUGAGGCGGUGUUAGGUGCAAGUGCCAUUCUUUUCCUUGUAUCUGAAAGCAUUCCUUGGGAGCUCCAAAAGAUGAGGCUCCAUAACCUUCUUAUGUCUUUACCUUCUGGUUCCUGCUUGCCUCUUUUGAUCUUGAGAGGCAGACGGGAAGAAAAUUCGGAUUCUUCAUCAACCGUGGUUGAAAAUUUGGGGCUCCGUGAUAUUGACAAAUCACGUCUGAGUAACUUUCUGGUGGUUCAUCUCGUUCAGAACCAUGAAGAUGAAAGAUUUGAUGGGUUUUUCAGUGACGAGCAAUUGAGAGAUGGGCUAAAGUGGCUGGCAAGUGAGUCGCCUUUACCACCUGUUCUGAGUUGUGUUACAACACUUGAAGUGGUUCUGACCCAUUUGAAUUCUUCAUUGGGGGAGCUUGAUGAGAUGAAUGCUUAUGAUGUGGGUCCAAACCACUGUAUCUCAACCUUCAAUGAAGCCCUGGACCGAUCAUUGGGAGAAAUUGGUGCUGCAGCUAAUGCAAACCCUGCUUGUUGGCCUUGUCCUGAGAUUUCUUUGCUGGAGGAGUCCAGUGAUGAAUAUAAAGCUGUGAAGUUGUACUUGCCAAGCAUAGGUUGGAGUUCAGCAGCAAGAAUUCAACCACUUGCGAGUGCACUAAAAGACUGUAAAAUUCCUGCAUUUCCGGAUGAUAUAUCGUGGCUUUACAAAGGUUCCAUUUCGGGCGAGGGUAUUAAGAAGCAGAUAGUACAGCUUGAAAAUUGCUUGUUCAAAUACCUGACCCAAUCAAGUAAGGCGAUGGGACUUGCACUGGCAACAGAGGAGGCUCAUGUAAUGCUACAAAAGAAUGCUCGGCUUGAGCUCCAUAAUUCAAGCUACUAUCUAGUUCCAGAGUGGAUGAUGAUUUUUCUACGAAUUUUCAAUUGGCGGUUAAUGAACUUAACCAAUGGAGCGUUUUCUACAGCUUAUAUCUUGGAGCAGCGAGGUGUAGACGCUGCAACCUAUGAUGGUGUGGAUAAGUUGGUGUUUAAAGGUAGCAUAUCUUCUCCACCUUGUUAUUUAAUUCGUCCAUCACUGGAUGAAAUGGUUGAAGCCUGCUGUAGCCCGCUUAUGUCCCGGAUAGGUUAUUCAGAGCAUGAAGCUUCUCAAUCUCCAUCAGUGGUUGGUGAGGAUCAAGAUUCUUCUGCCUAUGCAAAUGACUUUGAAGAUGAAAUGAAUAUUGCACAGAGACAGAAUGAUACACUGGUAACCAAUGGAUCAAACUACUACACUAGUAGUGAAAGGGUGGUGGUGGAAACCAAGGUCACAAAGGAAGCUGACAAACUUAGCAAGUUGUUCGAACAAUGUAACAUAUUGCAGGACAGGAUAGACAAUACGUUGUCCAUUUAUUUCUGAUUCUUAUUAUCAGAGAAUUAUUGUAUCAUAUAUGUAUAUAAUUGUAUUGCAUGGUGGAAAUGAAUUGGUAAAAGAUUAUUUUUGACAAA